UAAGCAUGAGAGAGAGAAUGCAUGGAUUCCCAUUUGAUUUGACGGAUUGGCUGGUUAAAGUUAAAAAAAUAUAAAAUGGUUACAACAAACAAAUAUUUCUCUGCUGAGGUUUCGUUUGUAACUCGGCUGAAUAUUUAAUUUUGGUUAAAUACACUGAGCAUGGAAGUGGUGUUGCUGCUGCUGGUGACUGCCCACGGCUGGGAACUCUCCCCCACAAAACCUAGCGGAAGGAGCAGAAAGAAAUUCUAAUUUAUCAUAAAUUGAUAAGGGAUGAGGACGUUGUUAUUAUUUAUUAAUUAGUAAAUUACAUCACCGAGUUUACUUAUUUGGGUUUGGCAAUACACACACAGUAGGCUUCAAUAUUCAAUAUUUAAUGUUCCGCCCAGAAGAGACGUCCUAUUCUUUAAUGAAAAAUUGCUCUGAGAGGAGUAGUUUUUAUUUUAUUUAUUAAGCAACCAACCAACCUCAACUAAAAUGAAUGAAAUGUGAUAAUUAUACUGACACAAGUAGCAAUCUUGUGGAUUUUGCCUUAAAUAGUUAUCCAUCCAAUAACGAUUUGAUUAGAGAAAAGAAAAUCAGUAUUUUAUUAACUACAGAUUUACUUAGGGUAUCUACAUAUAUUUGUUACUUGAGUAGAAUAAUAUAUGAUAUACGCCAUAACUGUACGAGUCUGACCGGCCGCCACAUACAUUCAGUCGCCGUGAAUGGGUCAGCAAUCUGCCUCCAGCAACGGUGGAGCCGAUUUCAAAAUGGUAUCGCUCAUCGAAGACACGGACCGGCGAGAACGCCUCAUGCAGUUGGAAGAGACAAUAACUCACCCGAAGGGUAUUCUCAACGUGGACUGCCUUUUGGAUACCGUACAAGCCUUAGUUUCAGACUGUGACCAUCCACCAUUGAAGAGGAUGAAAAAUAUAGAAGCCUUUAUAAAUCGAUAUACGGACACAACGAAUGGUGUUGGAAAGUUACGAAUGCGUCCAGAUGAUUUUAAUUUGAUAAAAGUAAUCGGCAGAGGUGCUUAUGGUGAAGUACAAUUGGUGCGUCAUAAAUCAACAUCCAAAGUAUACGCCAUGAAACUUUUGAGUAAAUUUGAAAUGAUAAAACGAUCAGACUCGGCCUUCUUCUGGGAAGAAAGAGACAUUAUGGCACAUGCAAAUUCAGAAUGGAUUGUUCAACUUCAUUUCGCCUUCCAAGACACAAAGUACCUUUAUAUGACUAUGGACUACAUGCCGGGUGGAGAUUUGGUGAAUCUUAUGUCAAAUUACGAUGUUCCUGAAAAAUGGGCAAAAUUUUACUGCGCCGAAGUGGUUCUUGCUUUGGAUGCCAUUCAUUCCAUGGGGUUUGUCCAUAGAGAUGUUAAACCUGACAAUAUGUUACUUGACAAACAUGGGCAUCUGAAGUUGGCCGAUUUUGGAACGUGUAUGAGAAUGGACGCAAAUGGACUAGUACAUUCUGAUACAGCCGUCGGCACACCAGAUUAUAUAUCACCGGAAGUAUUGAAGUCUCAAGGAGGAGGAGGGGGUGAAGGGGAAUAUGGCAGAGAAUGUGAUUGGUGGUCCGUGGGGGUAUUUUUAUAUGAAAUGUUGGUUGGGGACACGCCGUUUUAUGCUGAUAGUUUGGUUGGGACGUAUGGAAAAAUAAUGGAUCAUAAAAACUCUCUCAAAUUUCCAGAUGACGUAGGAAUCAGCAACGAUGCGAAGAGUCUUAUUUGUAGUUUUUUAAUGGAUCGAAAUACUAGGUUAGGAAGAAAUGGUGUAGAGGAAAUUAAGGCGCAUCGAUUUUUUAUUGACGACCAAUGGAAUUUUGAAAAUAUACGAAGAUACGGUGUUCCUCCUGUAGUGCCAGAACUCAAUGGUGAUGACGAUACCAGUAAUUUUGAUGACGUUGAGAAAGAUGACAGUCCAGAGGAGGACUUUCCAGUUCCUAAAACAUUCGCCGGAAAUCACUUACCUUUUGUUGGCUUUACUUAUUCUCGAGAUUAUCAACUUUUAUCUUCAAAGCGCUUGUCUUCGAUGCCAAAUCAUUCUAGUGUAGUGGAUGGAAUUUCAAAUUCAAGGGAAGGGGACGAUCACAAAUCAUCCAACAACGUCAGUAGCAAGCUGAUGGAAUUGGAAGAUUCUCGAGCAGUACUUUUAUCUCAAUUAGAUGCUGCAACGAAACGGGAAGAAAGUUUGCGAGGAGAAGUUCGAGAUUUUGAAAGAAGUUUAGCUCUUCUAAAACACGAAGUCAAAGAGUCUCAAAGAAAAUCAGAUGUUGAGCUUGAAGCUAAAAAGAAUCUAGAAAAUACAAUGCAAGAUUUGAAAAGAAAACUGGAGGAGGAGCACAACAAGCGGUCUAGAGAAAUGAGCAAUAAUGUGCAGACAAAUGAAAAAAUCAACUCUUUAGAAAAACAGUUGACAGAAGCUAAUGAGAAAUUAAAAACUGAAUCUGAAAAUUGUUCUCGACUCAAGAAACAAGUCAGCGAGUUGACAGUGCUAUUAGCUUCAAAAGAACAGUCAUUGAAUGAUAAGAUUAAUAGCCUGAAGGAAGGGAAAGACUUUCUUGAACUGGAGCUUGCAAAAUUAAGGCUGGAAAUAAUUCAGGAAGAAAGCGUUCGACAACAAACUGCCGAUUUGCAAACAGAAUUAGAAAAGCGAACUCAAUCACUCCAAACCGAGCUGGCCAAAACGAGAGAACGAGAAAGCAAAAUAAUCCAAGAUAACCAGAGUUUAUUAGAAAAAUUAGUACAUACCGAAAAAUCAUCAGCCUCUUUAGAACUUCAACUGAAAUCAUUAAGUGCCAAAUAUGAUCAAGAAGUUAAAGCAAUUCAUAGUGAAAUGGAACGUAAAAGUCCUGCCUCUAAUCAAGAAGAUCAAGUAAAAGCUCUGCAAGCAAAGCUAAAUGAAGAGAAAACACAUCGAAAACAAGCAGAAAGUUCAGGACAAGAAAUGGAGCGUCAACUAUCAAUGCUAUCCGUAGACUAUCGACAGGUCCGAGCAGAGUUGCAGAAAAUGGAAGGACAACUACGGCAAGAAGUUGAUAAGACGAAAGGCCUAUUGGUUCAGUUGGAACAAGAAGGUCUACGUCGGACCCAACUGCAAUCUGAAAUGAAUAUGCAGUCCAGUGAGAUCUCACUAUUAAAAUCAAAGGAAAAACAAUUACAACGAGAAAUAUCAGAAAUGAGGGAAACAAAAAAGUCUUUGGAGGAAGAUUUGCAAAAAAUAAAAGCUGCCAAGGCCGUUGAUGACUUACAAAUGAAAGAGCUUCAAGAGCAGCUUGAUACUGAAAUUUCUUUUUCGACUUUGUACAAGGCCCAAUUGACUGAUUUGAGAGCCGACUUUGAAGAAAAGCGUAGACAAAAUCAAGAACUUGAGGAAGAAAGAAAUGAGCUCACUCGUCAAUUACAAAUGACUAUCUCAAGAGCCGACUCGGAAUCAUUAGCUAAAAGUAUUGCACAUGAAACUAUUGCAGACUUGGAGAAGGAAAAGACAAUGAAAGAGUUGGAAAUUAAGGACAUUACAGCUCGUCACAAGACUGAUAUCACAAAUAAGGAUAUCGCACUUCACUCGUUGAAAGACAAGGAAAUUGAUUAUAAACGAAGCAUCGAUCAACUAAAGCAUGAACGGGAGGAAAUGGAUCUAAAACUAAAAUCAUUACAAGAAGAUUUGCACAAAUCUAGCGGAGAUGAAGUUGACAAACUCAAGCGACAACUGCAGACUGAACAAAUGCUAAAGAUGCAAGCUGUCAACAAGUUGGCUGAAAUUAUGAACAGAAAAGAUUUGAAUCAAUCAAGCAAAAAGGGGCAAUCUGGUGAUUUGAGGAAGAAGGAGAGAGAGUGCAGAAAGCUUCAACAGGAACUCAUUCAAGAAAAGGAAAAGUUUAAUCAGAUGACUCUAAAAUGGCAAAAAGAUCUUCAAGACUUACAAGCUUCAAUAAAUGAAGAGCACCAGAUAAAGUUAAAGUUACAAAUGGAGAUGGACUCUAAGGAAUCGGAAAUAGAAGCCUUGUCAAGAAAACUAUGCGAAACUGCAAGCGUCAGUUCGAAUGAAGGUGACGGGUUUGUGGGGGAUGAGACGCGAUUAGAGGGGUGGAUUUCGUUACCAUCAAAACAAAACAUACGUCGGCAUGGGUGGAGAAAACAGUACGUCGUUGUAUCUUCCCGCAAAAUAAUCUUUUACAAUUCGGAUCAAGAAAAGCAGAAUCCAACCCGAGUAUUGGAUUUGAAUAAAGUGUUUCACGUACGGUCUGUAACACAAGGAGAUGUGAUACGAGCCGAUGCCAAAGAAAUACCAAAAAUAUUUCAGUUGCUAUACGCUGGAGAAGGAGAGGCUAAACCAGAGGAAAGUCCUGAAGAUAAGGAGAAACCAGGCACGUUGCUUCACAAAGGACAUGAAUUAGUUGCUAUUUCUUUUCAUAUGCCAACAACAUGUGAAGUGUGUCCACGCCCGUUAUGGCACAUGUUUCGACCUCCACCCGCACUUGAAUGCAGAAGAUGCAGGGUCAAGAUACACAAGGAACAUUAUGGAGAGGAGGCCUUAGCUCCAUGCAAGGUGCAUUAUGACCCAAAUACCGCAAAAGAGCUAUUGUUACUCGCCAUAUCUGAGGAUGAUCAAAAGUUGUGGGUUUCCAGACUGAGCAAGAAAAUACAAAAAUCGGGCUAUAAAGCAGUGUCCCAAUCGAGGAUUUGACCUAGGUUUUAAAAAGGGGCUUUUUGCGGUGUUGAUUACUCCACCAGUACGUUGCGUUCGCCUUGCGGUUUUUAUGGCUAUAUUACUAGCUUUGCAAUUUGAAAAUUUGUUGGAGCAAAUCGUCAUUUCGUCACUUGUUGCUUACAGAGACAAACAAAAGUCAGCAACGCUUCCAGCACGAAGCAAGUGAGAAUAAGGUGGAUAAGUUCAAAUCAGUUCAAUCGUGAAAUAUAUCGUCUUCCACACAUUCCCUGUGUAAUUACUUAACCUUAUUGCUUUGUAAUUGACCGAGUUUUAAUUUAUGUUACAAGUAGUUUGGAAAUUGUCUUGUCCAGUCGUUAUAUAAUCGUUCGUGCUUGACAAACAAGUACAAAAAUCCGUUUCGUCGAAUUGUGUCAACACUAUUUUAUCUUAAGUGCUAUUAUUUGCUACCGAAAAAUGUUUAAUCGUGUAUAAGUCAGAGAGCAUAAUGUUGAAGUUUAUUUACAACAAACUGAACAAUAAACCCAAAAAUGCCUUUCAGCAACUGAA